AUGCAAAGAAUGUGUGAAAUGAUAAUACCAUUAAUGAAAACAGAUACAUAUAAUCAAUGGUGUCGUUAUCAUAUAUUAAAUGUACAAAUAUUACAAUUAUUAUUAAAUGAAGGUUAUAUACGUGGUUAUUCAAUACAUGGUGAUAGAAUUAAUAUAUUAUUAAAACAUUAUAAAGGAUCACCAGUUAUUAGAAAUAUAAGAGUUAUAUCAAAACCUAGUCGUGAUAUUUGGGUAACACCACAUGAAUUAAAAUCAAGAACUAAAUUUAAUACUGGAUUAUGGAUUAUACAAACACCUAUAGGUAUUAUAUCACAUCGUGAUUGUAUUAAUAUGGGUAUUGGUGGUAAAAUGCUCAUUGCUAUUAAUAAUCAAUUUCAACAUUUUUGUUAA